UUCCCAGACUUGCAGCUCAGCCAGGCCAGCAGCACCCCCGAGUCCCCGUGCCCACUCUGCUCUCUCUACUUGCUGCCCUGCUGGUGUUCAGCUAUAGUCCUGGUGGGUCUCUGAGCUGUGACCUGUCUCAGGACCAUGUCCAGGUCAGCAAGGAGAACAUUGCAAUUCUGCACCAAAUGCAGAACUCUUUUAGUUGUUGGAAGGACACAAAGAACUUCAGAUUCCCCUUGGAGAUGGUGGAUGGCAGCCAGGUCCAGGAGGCCCAGGCUAUCUCUGUCCUCCACGAGAUGCUCCAGGAGACCUUUGACGUCUUCUGCACAGAGCACUCCUCUGCUGCCUGGAACACGACUCUGCAGCACGGGCUCCUCACUGGACUCCAUCGGCAGCUGGAAGACCUGGGCAUCUGUUUGGUGCCAGAGAUGAAAGAAGUAGAAUCUGCCCUGGGAAUGGAGGACCCUACACUGGCCGUGAAGAGGUACUUCCAGGGCAUCCGUCUCUACCUCAAAGAGAAGCGAUACAGUGACUGUGCCUGGGAGGUUGUCAGAGUGGAAAUUAAGGAAAUCCUUCUCUUUAUCAACAAACUUACUAAAAAGGUUAUGAAAUCAGGAUGGAGACCUGGGGUCACCUUGAAAUGAUUCUCAUUGUUGGUUGUGCUAUAUCAUACUUGCACAUAUGUCAUCGGUCAUUUCCAAAGGGUCUUUCUGCUUUAGUCAUAGAAAUUACUGAAGUUAAUUCAGCAAAUCU